AAUAGUUUUUCACAUUUUAGAAUGGGGUACCUCAAGACUGUCCAUAAUUUUAAAGGGUACCUCGAGACUGUCCAUAAAUUUAGAGGGUGCCUUGGGACUGUCCAUAAUUUUAGAGGGUGCCCCGGGACUGUCCAUAAUUUUAGAGGGUGCCUCUGGACUGUCCAUAAUUUUAGAGGGUGCCUCUGGACUACUGUCCAUAAUUUUAAAGGGUGCCUCAGGACUGUCCAUAAUUUUAAAGGGUGCCUCGGGACUGUCCAUAAUUUUAGAGGGUGCCUCUGGAUUGUCCAU